UUCAUUCUUCUGUUACGUAGUGUUGUAUCCAGAGAGGACUCAGAAACAAUUCAACAUGUCCGACGCCGCCGUAGCUAAACCCGUCAAGGCAAAGAAGCCCAGAAAGCCAAAGGCACCAGCAGCUCACCCAAAAUACAGCGAGAUGAUCGUAAAGGCCAUUGAAGCACUCAAGGAACGGGGUGGUUCAUCCCGCCAGGCCAUUCUGAAAUACAUCAUCGCUAACUACAAAGUUGGCGAUGCUAAAGUUGCUAACGUACAUCUCCGAUUGGCACUCAAACGUAUGGGAACCAGCGGUGCCCUAAAACACACGAAGGGGAAGGGAGCAUCUGGUAGUUUCCGUGUCGGCGAGAAAAAGGCACCAAAGAAAAAGGCAGUGAAGAAACCCAAGGCAAAGAAACCCAAGAAGCCUAAGGCAAAGAAACCAAAGGCAGCUGCAAAGAAGCCAAAGGCAAAGAAAGUCAAGAAACCAGCAGCGAAAAAAGCGAAGAAACCAGUAGCAAAGAAAGCCGCCAAACCAAAGGCAGCAAAACCCAAGAAGGUGAAGAAGCCCGCGAAGAAAGCUGCUGCCAAGAAGUAAACCAGACUUUUAUAUCAUAGACUCUGACUAUCUUAUUUUGAUAUCGUCUAUCCGCGAGGAUUUAUAUAUAUAUAUCUAUAUAUACUGUAUAUAUUAAGAGUAUUUUAAUAUUCGUUCACACAAUGGAGCCAAGCUCUCUAUUCGCACAAAACUGUAAUUCGAGUUCACUCGUAGCUCGUGCUGUAGUAGUAACUUGUGUGUAUUUUGCUUAAACUAGUGACCGCUAAAAACAAGCUGGAUCCGUUCCACAAUAUAUAUAUUCCGUUGAUAAUCUCUGUUGUCAAUCUCUACUAUGAGAAAGGCGCAGAGAUAUUUCAAGAACUUUAUAUGAACAUUGUUUCACCGGGAAACUAAACCUUUUUUCAGUGUUAUUUUUUAUUAAAAAACAUCUUCACAUAGAAUUUAA